AUGUCCCUCCAAACCCCCCGCGUCCUCCCCGCCCACCUGCACGCCUUCCACCCCUCCUCCUCGACCACCAGCAAACACACCGUCCGCAUCCUGGGCACCGUCUCCGCCCUGCGCGGCGACACCGCCACCCUCACCUGCGGCGGCUCGGGGGACGUCACGAUCAUCCUGAAGCCCGACUCGCAUCUGCAGAUGGGGAAGUUGGUCGAGGUGAUUGGGAAGGUGACGGAUUUGAAUGAGGGGGGCGUUGGGAUCCGAUUGCUCGGCGUGACGGAUUUGGGGGAUCCGGCGGAUUGUGAUUACAAGAUCUAUGAGCAGGUGGUCAACGCCACGCAUAAGCUGAAGGCGAUUUUCUAUGAUUCGAAUGAGUGAAGUGAGGUGGAGAGGUGGUGAUGAGGUUGAGGUUGAGGUCGAGUGAUAUACCCCUGUUGCGGUUGAGGAUUGGAGGGAGAGUGCAUGUUGUUGUUGUUGUUCCAAUAAAUAAUAUGGUAUUAAUUGUCUGUUCGGGGUUGAAACCUUGAAGGACAGAGAGUAGGUGUAAGCCUGGUCGGGUCGGACGUGAGAUCUACGGAGUACAGACCAAGAAGUCAAUCAAGCUAGACAAGCACAUCCAAUUCUACACGCCGAUAAGUAGAAGACUCAAUUGAUUAUUUCAUUGUUG